AUGACAGCUGAAAAGACUAUUCCUAUAAUUAACGGCAAGCCAGAAGAUGCGUUGGACCCAGAAGCUUCAAGUACCAACCUCGUCCACAGCAAUGAUAAGAAAGUUCAUGAAAGAGGUCACUGGAACAAUAAGGUUGAAUUUGUGCUUUCUGUGGCAGGGGAGAUUAUUGGGUUGGGAAAUGUAUGGAGAUUCCCAUAUCUUUGCUACAAGAAUGGAGGAGGUGCUUUCCUCAUCCCAUAUGUGGUUUUUUUUAUUUGCUGUGGAAUACCAGUAUUUUUCUUGGAGACGGCCUUGGGACAGUUUACUAGUGAAGGAGGCAUUACAUGCUGGAGGAAAGUUUGCCCUCUAUUUGAAGGCAUUGGAUAUGCUACCCAAGUUAUAGAGGCACAUCUAAAUGUAUAUUACAUCAUCAUUUUAGCAUGGGCUAUCUUCUAUUUGUUUAACUGCUUUACUACAGAGCUUCCUUGGGCUACCUGUGGGCAUGAAUGGAAUACAGAAAACUGUGUGGAAUUUCAAAAACUUAAUAUGAGCAACUGCAGUCAAGUCUCUUUACAAAAUGCCACUUCUCCAGUGAUGGAAUUCUGGGAACGAAGAGUGCUAGCUAUAUCUGGUGGAAUUGAACAUAUUGGGAAUCUUCGCUGGGAACUUGCACUGUGCCUCCUUGCUGCUUGGACUAUCUGCUAUUUUUGCAUUUGGAAAGGAACAAAGUCUACUGGAAAGCUACAACAGAAGGAGAGGCUAAUAAAAAUAGAUGGGAAUGCUGAAAGGGAAGGUCAGGAGUGUUGUCCUGACUUGACACGAGAACACGCAGAAAGCAUCAAUGCUUUCACAGGUGCACUCUUAGCCGUAGCACGGAAUGCAUUGCUGAAAG